GUGAAGACCCGAAAAAAGAGGGGAAAAAAGAAAAAAGGAAAAAAAAAAAGAAAAAAAGAAAAAAAAAAAAAGAGAGAAGAAGAAGAAGAGAAAAUCAGAAAAAUGGAGGAGAUAAAGAUAUGGGGACAUCUCUUCCACAUUUACCCUUCACUUAAAGCCAAUCCACAUAUCUCUCUUUCGAGAGACUUCUUCUUCUUCUUCUUCUCCUCCUCAACUCCAUUAUCUAAUUCUAGGGUUUUUCUCUCCUUCCGUCUUCCCGCGUCUCUUUCUGUCUCCCGCCGCCUGCUUUUCGUUUUGAGUUUAUUGAAGCAUUAACUGAGAAGAAGGUUUUAGAGGUAUGUGGUUUAGUGUAGUAUGGUUUCAGUUGUCCAUAUCACUCUAACUUGACUGAUUUCUGAGAGAAUGGUUGGUGCUUUCAUUGGUUUUGUGACAAUGUUUUUCUUGUGUAUGGUUGGUUUGUCCUGAGAUUUGAUGAUAAUGGAGGCCGCUCAAGGUUCUGCUUCUACUUUAGCUGGUUUCAAAGGUAGGAGAAGGAGAAGUGCUCUGCCUCGUCGACCACGCCAUAUAAAAGAGAGCUUGCAUAGUUUCACCUUUUUGCCACCCUCAAGCACAGCUCUUAGCAAUGAACCUAACCCAAAUGUUAGGAACACCAAUAGUCUCUGUGGGUCUGUGACUGAGAACCCACUGAAACUGAAGCUUAAGCUUGGUGGUGUUACACGUACGAUCCAAACCAACUCUGAGGCGGGUGCUUACACCGAUACUUUGGAUGACGGACAAAAGCCAUUAAAAAAUAAGGUAAAAGGCAAUGGACUAGAGCGCAGACAUGGUCAGAAAACACUGUUUUUGAAGGAGAUCCAUCAAUCUAGAGGAUAUACCUCUGAGACUGUGAAUGGUGCAUCCAUGUCCGAGAAGAGCAAACGUGGUCUUAAGAAACGCGUAUUGGAUCCAGAACCAGACAGUGAUGAUGAUGAUGGAGAUGAGGAAAUCAGAUACCUCGAGAAGUUAAAGUCUAAAAGGGUCAGGGACCCUCAGGAAGGUAAAGAGAGUGAAGGAAGCAAAAGGUUACACAGCAAUGGUCAUGGCAUGGAAGACAGAGAACAAUUCUCAUCUGGAAAACUUGCUGUGUCUGAAAGGAAAAAACCGAGGAUGGGAAUGGUUGAUUCGCUCCCGGCAGGAGCAAGUGGACAAAUUCCUACAACACGUACCCGUGCUCUCCAAUCAGGAAAAGAUCCAUAUUCUGUCAUCGGAUCUAGACCUCUUGAAUUCCCUGACGGCUUACCUUGCCCCUCAUCUAGAAGACAAAAACAGAAGCUUUCUGAUGUAGAACAACAAUCCAAGAAGGCCGAAGCUGCACAGAGACGGCGAAUGCAGUCUGAGAAGGCUGCCCAAGAAGCCGAGGCUGAAGCUAUCAGGAAAAUUCUCGGACAAGAUUCUGGAAGGAAGAAAAAAGAGGAGAAGAUAAAAAAACAGCAGGAAGAACGAGCUCAGGAAAGAGCUGCAAGAUCAAGCACACUCGCAUCAAACACUAUCAGAUUGGUGAUCGGUCCAAGCGGAACAACAAUGACAUUUUCUGAAGACAUUGGUCUUCCAGAUAUCUUCAAGCCGAUCACGUACGGUUAUCCUCCACCACGGGAGAAAUGUGUGGGACCAAAUUGCGAGAAAGAGUACAAGUACAGGGAUUCAAAGACGAAGCUACCAUUAUGCAGUCUCGGAUGUUACAAGGCCAUUUAAGAGAAGAUGGAACAACCACUGAUUCAUUGCUAAUUGCUUUAUAGAUUUCCUAUAUAUUUAACAUGUAGUAGUUGUUUCUUAACAUGAACCACCUUUGUUCAACUCUUCUUCAAUGGAAAUUUUGGUUGCUGAGCCCAUAAGAAUCGAA